AUAGCUGGCCGGCCGGACUGGCCACCACACCGGCGCCCCACCGGCGCUUGCCGCUGCUAUAUAUUACUCCUAGGUCUCUCCCUCGAGACACGCACCCCUUCCCCUCGCCUUACUUAACAUCAACUAGUGCCUUGCGGUGGUGGUCCUCCCUCCUCCUCUCCAUCCAGUUGCUCAUCACGCCGUCUCCCUCCCCUCUUACCUCACAUCCCUUCUCUCCCCUCCUCACGAGCUCUCCAAAACAAAGGAGCGCGCGCCACCAAGCAUGGACAAGCAGCAGCACCAGCAGCUCUUUGAUUCCUCCUACGUGGACACGUCCUUCUUCGUUGCCAGUGGCACGGCGCAGGGGGAGAGCCGGCCGAGGGCGCGGCGCAGGCGGCGGAGGGCGGCAAGGUGCGGCGACGUCGACGGCGGCGAUCUGGACGGAGGAGGUGACCCCAAGAAGCGCCGGCUCAGCGACGAGCAGGUGGAGAUGCUCGAGCUCAGCUUCCGGGAGGAGCGCAAGCUGGAGACCGGCCGGAAGGUGCACCUGGCCGCCGAGCUCGGCCUCGACCCCAAGCAGGUGGCCGUCUGGUUCCAGAACCGCCGUGCGCGUCACAAGAGCAAGCUGCUCGAGGAGGAGUUUGCCAAGCUCAAGCACGCCCACGACGCCGCCAUCCUCAACAAAUGCCACCUCGAGAACGAGGUGCUGAGGCUGAAGGAGAGGCUUGGGGCCACAGAGGAGGAGGUGAGGCGUCUCAGAUCCGCGGCUGGGAGCCACGCGCCAUCCGGUGACGGCGGAGACGCCGCUGGCGCCGUUGUCGCGUGCGGCGGCAGCCCGAGCUCGUCCUUCUCGGCGGGCUCCUGCCACCAGCAGCACCCAGGUUUCAGCGGGCAGGACGUGAUGGGGCCGGACGAUGACCUGAUGAUGUGCGUCCCGGAGUACGGUGGAUACGCCGAUAGCAGCGUGGUCGAGUGGUUUAGCCUGUACGGACUCAUGUGAGAUUAAGAUGGGCAUCAGCUGAAAGCAGAUUAUUCUAGCUACUAGUUAGUCAUCAUAGUGUUAAUUAAUUAAGUUGGGAUCAAUGGUCUGAAGGUGUGCGUGUUCAAUUAUGUACAUAAGGUUUAUUAAUUAAUGGCAAAAGCUUGCCAGCUAGCAAGUGCUACAAGAUAUGCAUGAGUUUUAUCA